GGGGGACGUGGAGCCAAGGACACCUGGGAUCUCCCCCAGCUCUGGGAGAGUGGAGUCUGGUAGGGCAGAGGGGCCUGGAAGCCAGGAUGCCUGGGUUCCCUCCCAAGCCUAGGAGAGGGGUAGAGACUGGGAGCCAGGACUCCUGGGUCCUCUCCCAUCUCUGAGAGGGAAGUGGGGUCUGAUGGUGGGUCCUAGGGUCCUGGGUCCUAGGUUGGAUCAGAGCAAGAGUGUGUGCUGGGAGCCAGGACACCUGGGGGAGUAGGAUGUGGUGGCUUGGAGCCCAGACUCCUAGGUUUUGCUCACUCCUGGCACACUGGCCCAGGCCCUCUCCACACCCUGUCCCAGGGGAAUGUUGGAAUUUGCACCCCCCACACAUGCACCCUGCACCUCCCCCAGCUCUGAGCUGUCAGGUCCAGAGUCCAGCUCAACUUCCAGAGAGACAAACAGCCGCCCACAGGGGCCACCUCGCCAGCAGGCCAGGACAGCCAGACACCCCCUGCUCCCCAGCACCAUGGAGUACGUCAGCGCCCUGGCUCCUGCAUCACUGCUGCGGUCAGUGUCCAGUGCAGGCACAGAGCUGUCCCGGCGGGUCCUGGCCCCCCGCGCCACCGCCCCACGCCCCUUCCGCCUCUGCGACCACCGACAUGGCGCCCGCAAGGGCCUCAUGGCUGCCAGCCUGCCCGAGCUGCGCUGCAAGGCACUGGAGGCCCUGCAGGUGUCAGGCCCCGCCUCACUGGUGCUGGAGGAGGAUGGCACAGCUGUGGAGAGCGAGGACUUCUUCCAGAGCCUACCCGACAACACUGGGAUCAUGCUGCUGGCUCACAGGCAGAGCUGGAGCCCCACCAAGGGUGGGAGCCGAGGCCUGGGCCGGGGCCGGGAGAAGCUGGGUGGGGACAUCGCCCGCGUCACCUUUGACAUGUACAAGCUGCACCCGCGGGACCUCUUUGGGAGCCUCAGCAUCACGGCCACGUUCUACGGGCUGUACUCCAUGAGCUGUGACUUCACCUGCCUCGGGCCCAAGAAGGUGCUACGAGAAGUGCUGAAGGUGAUCUCGGCUGUGAUGCAAGGCAUGGGGCGCCUCCUCCUGGGAGCCUCCAACUACAUCCGGCGCCUCCUGGAUGGAGCCGAGACCUGGUACCAGCCCGCCCGGCUUCAGGCCUGCAAUUGAGGGGUGCUGCCCCUCUAUCCACGAUCCUGUGAUACCGCCCCUUCUAAUGACCCCCCCCACCCAUCCUGAACCCCAAUCAACUCAAUGCACAGAUGAAGCUGCUGAUUAAACUGGAGAUAGUCCA